AUGAGUGGAGAAAUUUUUGGAAAUACCUAUGGUUGUUUGAAUGUUAGAUCAUCAUCAAACUUUAAUGCUGAACAUUCUGUUGAAUAUGGUCUUAUCAAUUAUAAUAAAGGAAAUGAUACUCCCAAGACUGCUUCCUCAAGUUGGUGCGCCUUAACCAACGAUGCUCCAAAUCAAUGGGUAACUUUGUCUAGCACUGAGCCGGUUGAGUUUGUUGGUAUAAGAACCCAAGGACGUGGUGAUUUCGACCAAUGGGUAACCUCCUACCAAGUGAAAUACACCCUCGACGGUUCCAACUGGAACACCGGUCCAUCUUUCAAUGCCAACACUGACCGUAACACCAUUAUCACCAAUCGUUUCGAUACACCAAUCAUUGCUCGUUCCAUUGCUAUCCACCCACUCACUUUCUUUGGUCACAUCUCAAUGAGAUUCGAUGCCAUCUUCAAGACAUUCCCACGUAUGCAAACCGGUACCGUAAAGCACGAAGGUGGUCCACUCGCCUCGGGCAUGGGAGAGCGUACUGUCGACUACAAAGUUGUCUUCCCAAAGGCAUUCCCAGUCGGUGUUAUUCCAAAUGUAACUACUGCCGUACAACUCAUCGAUUCAAGCAACCUAAAGAAUCUCCGUAUUAAUAUCGGACAGAAGGAUGUCACUAACACCGGUUUCACCAUUGUCUUCAAGACAUGGUUUGACACCCAAUUGUUUGCUGCUACUGGUACAUGGUUUGCAUUUGUUAAACCAGAAUAUUUCUAA